UACAAGGGUGCGUGGCUGGUCCCUCUGCUCGAGCACGAUGCUGACGACGCGGCAGAUCCUUGGGGUGGAUCCCGAGGAUGUCGUACUUCUCGCGGUGGCGUUCGAGCUCAAGGCACCGCGGCUCGGUUCGUGGGCCAAGACCGGAUGGGUCGAAGGGUGGAAGCGCCUGGGGUACGCUCACCUUCAUUCCGCCUCAUCCAUAGCCCUUGCUGACAUACCCUGCCCCUGCUAGCUGUGACAAGCUUCCCGCCAUGCAGGCUGCGCUGAUGAAGUUGCGCGAUCGACUCGGGUCCGAGCCACAAUACUUCAACAAGGUGUACGCGUAUACGUUUGAGUUCUCGCGCGCUGAGGGUGCGCGGAGUCUUGGUACGUUUGCGGACUCCCAUCGGGCACCCACUCUUGGCGCGGCUGACGCGGUGACCUCCGGUAGCGGCCGACAUGGCGAAGGCAUUCUGGCAGCUGCUCAUCCCCCACGGCCUGCGAGGCGGUGCUGUGUCGCAUGUCCGUCGGCGCGACGACGAUGACGAUGUCGACAUGAGUGACGAGGAGGGGUGGAAGGAUGAGUAUACGCAAUGGUGGUUCGAAUUCCUGGACGAGAAGAACGUGAAGGGCAUCAGCAAGGAUACGUGGCAGAUGUUCCUCGAGUUUGUGCGCACCAUUGAUUCCAAGUUCGAGAAGUAUGAUCUGGAAGCGGCUUGGCCGUCGACGAUCGACGACUUUGUCGAGUACACCAAGGAGCGCCUGGCGCGCUCUUGAGAAAGUAGUAUCGUUUUCUUGUGUGCAUAAUUUUCCUAUCCUGCUGUCGUUGUUGUAUCGCAUUAUUAUCAUCGUUCAAAGUUUUAUAAGGGCGCA